AUGAGACUGGACUUCAUGUACUCUUGCCUGCCGGCCUCCCCGAUCUCCGCCGCCGCCUUCCUCUCCGCCGCCAUCUCCGACGAAGACGGCGUUGAGGACCGCAUCAGCGCCCUCCCCAACGGCCUCCUGCGCGACGUCGUCUCCCGCCUCCCCGUCAAGGACGCUGCCCGCACCAACGCGCUCUGCCGGCGCUGGCGCGGCCUUUGGCGCGCCAUCCCACUCGUCCUCGAUGACGCCCACCUCCUCACGGAAGGGCCCGGCGUCGACUGGCGCGCCCCCGCCGCCGCGGCGGUCUCCCGCGUCCUCGCUUCCUACCCGGGCCCCUUCCGCUGCGUCCGCCUCCUCAGCAACCUCAUCGACGAGUCCAACAAGGAAUGCCUCGCGGAGUGGCUCCGCCUCCUCGCCGACAAGGGCGUGGAGGACCUGACCCUCGUCAACCGCCCCUGGGGCUUCGGCGUGCCGGCGCGGCUUCCCCCGUCCCUCCUCUCCUGCGGCGCCUCGCUCCGCCGCCUCUACCUCGGCGUCUGGUUCUUCCCCUUCACCACCGGCCUCCCCCGCAGCCCCGACGUUUUCCCUCACCUCCGGGAGCUCGGCAUCUGUCACGGCAUCAUGCAGGAGUCCGACCUGGAGUACCUGCUCGCUUGCAGCCCCAGGCUGGAGAGCUUUGCGCUCAUCACCAACUACUGCUUGCCCGACCGCGUCCGCAUCGGCAGCCACAGCCUCCGUUGCGUGCUGCUCUGGCAUUCCAUGGCGGACGAGGUCGCCGCCAUUGCCGCCCCGCGCCUGCAGCGCCUCAUCGUCUACUGCACGCACCCCACUGAGGCUGGAAGGGCCUUCAAGGUCAAGAUAGGCUAUGCUCCUCAGCUCGCCGUGCUCGGCUACUUGGACACCACCCACGUGCUUGAGAUUGACAACACCAUCAUCAAGGCUGGGGUGACAAAAGUUAGCCCAGAUGCAGUGGUUCCAAGCAUCAAGGUGUUAGCUCUGAAGGUGCGCUUCAGAAUCGCGGAGGAAGUGAGAACUUUGCUGAGUUUCUUGAGAUGCUUCCCUGAAGUAGAGACCUUACACGUUAUGGCUUCCGACAAUCACACUGACCACUAUGAUGACCCGGGUGAAGUCAAGGCCAGGGACAAGCUCAAUUCCACGUUCUGGCAGGGGGUUGGUCCGAUCAAAUGCGUGCAGUCACGUGUCAAGAAGGUGGUGUUUGAUCAGUUCUGCGGGGGCACAAACCAGGUUGGGUUUCUGAAGAUGGUUCUUGGGAGAGCGGUGUUUCUGCAGAAGGUGAUAGUCCUGCUCGCUGACCUGGAUCCUAUCACGGUGAGUGAGGCCACGCGCAAACUGAACCCGUUGGCUUCCAAGAGGAUGUGGGCCAAUAAGACCUUGCGUAAAAUUUCCUUGGAGAGCCUUCAGAGUUGGGGAGUGAAGCACAGGCUAUACGACGCAACAAUAUUUGUCAGGCCACUAUCCUCUGAACUGGAAGCAGCUAAAUCACUGUUGGAUCUUUUGGAGAAGUGCUGGUCUGAUAUUAAAGGAGCUCCAAGUGUGCUAGCCAUAACUGAAUUUGUUGAUCUGUGGACUGUGAUUCAGGCUCAACCUCCCAUAUCUGCAAUAGAUGACACCUUUGUGUGGCGCCUGACUGCUAAUGGAUGGUAG